CGGUGCCCCACGCUGCCCGGCGUCCCUGCCCGCCCCCAAGCAUGCAGUGCUUCCCCAGCCUGGUGCUGGCGCUCAGCGCGCUGCUGGGCGCCCUGGCGCUGCUGCAGCUCUCGUUGUACCUCCGGGUGCCAUCCUGCUACGGGAAGCACGAGGAGCGGCUGUGCCGGCCGCGGGGUCGGCUGCCAGCGCGCUGCGCCUGGUUCCUGCAGGAGCUGCCCUCCUUCCUGGUGCCCGCGCUGCUGCUGGCCCUGCGCAGCCCGCCCCGCCUCGAGCCGCUCGGCUGCCGCCUCCUCUGCUGCCUCUUCUGCUGGCACUACUUCUACAGGACAUUUAUUUACCCCUUCUUCACGAGAGGCAGACCUUUCCCACUGCAACUGCUUUUUUUUGGCACGUUAUUCUGUAUAUAUAAUGGCUUCCUCCAGGGGUACUACUUGAUUUACUGUGCUGAAUACCCAAACGAUUGGUGCACCGACAUCAGAUUUACAUCAGGCCUCCUCUUGUUUCUGCUGGGAAUGGGAAUCAACAUUCACAGUGAUCUCCUGCUGCGCCAGCUGAGGAAACCCGGGGAAGUCACUUACAAGAUUCCUCAAGGGGGACUCUUCACCUAUGUUUCUGGAGCAAACUACUUUGGAGAAAUUGUGGAAUGGUUUGGGUUUGCCAUAGCAACCUGGUCCCUACCAGCCUUCGCCUUUGCCUUUUUCACUCUUUGCUGCAUUGGGCCACGUGCUUAUCACCAUCACAGGUACUAUCUCAAGACAUUUACGGACUAUCCAAAAUCAAGGAAAGCAUUGGUUCCUUUUGUCUUUUAAUGACUGAAACGUGGACUCUGUGUUCUGGUUUAAGAGGGCUUUUUUCAGUUCCUCCUUGUGAUGUUAGGUGUGACUCUAAUUAAUUGUACAAAUGAUAACCUGGAGUUGCAAGAGACAAGAAAGUAAUUUGCAACUGAAUUUCUUGGUUCUAAUUACAGAGAUAAUGACAGAUAGUGUUGGACAAAGGGGCUACCUGAGCAACAUGUUUGCCUGUGGAAAAUGGAUAUGUAACUGCACUGACAUCAGAGAAAAAGCAUUGACCAAAAACUGAUCCAGAAAAUUAGAAAGUACAAUCCAUGACUUCAGAGGAAGUUUUCAGGAGCCACUCCAAUUUAUAGCACUUCUGCAGCUGCUUCUUCCCGCAUCUAUGCCAUAGCACAUGUGCCCUCACUCUGCUGGCAUUGCCUUAGCUGUUCAUAGAGUCAUAGAAUCAACCAGGUUGGAAGAGACCUCCAAGAUCAGCCAGUCCAACCUAGCACCCAGCCCUAGCCAGUCAA